ACAAGUAGUGAGUUGGAGGUUCUACAAAAAAUAUGUAUAAAAUAUUUUAAAAUUAUUGAAAAUAAAAAGAGUGAUGCGGUAUCCUGGCAAGCAAAACAAGCGCAAUGGAAUAAGAUUGCAUUAGAAUUUAAUUCCCAGAACACCACAAACAGGUGCAGCAAAGUAUUAAAAAAGAAAUGGGAAAAUAUGAAAAAAACUGUCAAAGAUAAAGUCGCUGGCCAUAGGAAACAUGCCAUGGGUACUGGAGGAGGACCACCAUUACCAGAUCUGAAAAUGGAACCCUGGGAGGAAGAAAUCUUAAUGCACAUAAAACUGACAGCUGUAGGCCUUCCACCAGUAUUUGAUGAUGACAAUCAAGAUGAAAUACAAGUCAUAGAAGUUGGUGGGUUUGACCCUCUGAUUGAGGCUGUUGCUGUAGAACCUUCAGACACAGACACAGACACAUUAAAGGUUAAUGACAGUUUGCAAACGGGAGAAACUCAAGCUGACCAUCCCAGGAAAGAUAUAACCUUUACAAAAAAUUGGGCUACGUACACUCCAGCUAUGUUGCGAAGUCCCUUGACAGAGAGAUUACAGGAUAAACAAGCUACAACCGAAGUGAGGCGUGCCCGUAAAAGAACAUACACUGGCACUACCACAAACAAAACAUGGACUGAAUUAGGGGAGGUGAAAACAAAGGUAGCCCAUUUGAAGGCCAAAAAAUUGGAAAACGACAUAAAGUUGCAAGAUGUCCUUUUGGAAGAAGGUAAACUAAGAUGUGAAAAAAUUAAAUUAGAAAUUGAACUGCUUAAACUGCAAUUAAUCAACAAAAGCUCACAAUAAACAUACAAAGGAGAAUGACCACGGGAGGUAUCAGUAAAAUUUUAGUUGUGCCACGUAUUCAUGAUA